CUUGCCCGUCUGACGGAGGAGCCAUCAUCAUCAUCAUCAUCAUCCUGGGGCGCGCGGUCCAGAUACCCAACGUUAGUAACUAGUACUACAUCACGACACCGUCGCCUACCCAUUCGCAACAACAGCAGCAUUCACAUUACACCGCAGACGCGUCCUUCGUCACGCGGUCAAUUCGUCUGCUUUUCGUUGUUACAGCCGUUGCAACACAAGCGCUGCAGCCCCCGUUGCAACCUCUCUAAAACUCAACCCCGGCCCUGCCUUAACCCUGCCUGCCUGCGCGCUCGCGCCCGCAGUGUGCGACGAAGAAAUAAAUACUCAGCAAGCAAUGCGCCGUCAUCAGCCGUUCUCCUGCGGAUCGCCCAAAGCGUCAUCCUCAUCAUCGUCAUCAUCAUCGUCGUCGUCGUCCUGUCCGCCGCAGCUCCAGCGUCUCUGCCUGCUCUAGCCGCGCUUCUCCGCCGCCGGACCAGACCGCUGCCCCUCCUCGUACAAAAUACGUCGUACGUGUGUACUGUACUCGCCAGAGGGGCUCGUUUUAAACCUCAACCCGCCCGCCAGGCCCUGCCGCUGCGUGUGCGGCAGAAGCUCACCCCCACUCGCUUCUAACUUUUAAAUCACUCUCUGUCCGCGCGCGCGCGCGCGGCAUUAUCAGAUCCGCAACCCUCCCAUGAAAUGAAGACGUCGACCCAUGAAGAUGGUCUUGGGGGCGCCGCUCCGGCGCAGCCGCCUACGGUCCCUGUAAUGGCGAGCAGCAGAAGCGCGGCCUCGUCGUCGCCCGGGCCACCAUCGUCACCCUCGUCGAAACAGCAGCUGCAGCAGAAGCAUUGGAACACCAAAAACCUGCCCGCCCGUCUCGCCGCCGACCUGGCCAGCGCCCUCACCGCCGGCGCCCUCAUCGCCCCCGUCAUCUCCAUCAUCGACCGCUCCAUCAUGGAAAACGCCUCGGGCCGCGCCCCUUCCCUCUCCGCCUCCCUCCGCGCCUCCUUCGCCGCCCUCCUCACCCGCCCUCGCUCCGUCCUCUUCUCCCGUCCGACCUCCCUCGUCCUCCUACUCUACGCGGGAACCUACCUCACCGCCAACGCCCUCGACACCUUCACCUCCGCCGCCCGCGGCCGCCCUGCCUCCGCCGUGUCCGCCGGCCCCGCCAAGUUCGCCGCCUCGUCCGUCGCCAACGUCGGCCUAUGCGUCUACAAGGACCGCCAGUUCGUUCGCCUCUUCGGCGCCGUCGUCUCCUCCUCUGCUGCUGCUUCCGCCGCACGACCCGUUCCGCUCCCUUGCUACGCCCUCUUCACCCUCCGCGACUGCAUCACCAUCUUCGCCUCCUUCAACCUCCCCCCGCUGCUCGCCCCGCACAUCGACCACCGCCUCUCGAGCGACCUGCGCCGCCACGUCUCCGGCUUGACCGCCGCGCAAUUCCUCGCCCCCGCGGCCGUCCAGCUCGUCUCCACGCCGUUGCACCUCCUCGGCCUCGACUUAUAUAACCGUCCCUCCGGCGGCACCGCCGGCCACCUUCCUCCCCCGUCGUGGCGCGACCGCUGGGCCGCCGUUCGAGCCAAUUGGCUCGUCAGUGCCGCGGCCAGGGUUUGUCGCAUCGUUCCCGCCUUCGGCGUCGGCGGCGUCGUCAACACAAAGGUCCGGCGCGGCUUCAUGGAGCGCCUCGAGUGAGGGGGGGGCCGCCUCAUAUUGCAUCUUGAUACUUGCAUGUUGGGCGUCCCAGCGCAUUUAAUUGUCUCUUCUUGUACAGUAUACAUGAUCACCUAGGUUGGAAAGCAUCAGCCACGAGACGCAGUCAUGAAGUACAUUGGAUAUCAUAUAGACGAACGGGUUAGACAAGACAGGACGGUCACGCUGCCGCAUCACCAGCCAUCUGCUUAUUUGCUCAGACAUGUAUCUUUUGCAUCAGUUUCGCAGUGCUGAACCGCGUCUUCCAGCCCACCCGCCCGUCUCACGUCGCCUCACUCUCCGCCAGGCGUCUUU